UCCUCCCCUCCCGUAGUCCCGUCUCCUCCACCUUUCACUUUCCAGUUCAAGUCAAACCACGUUCCUCGCGGUCGCGGAGGCUCACGCCAAGCUCGCUAACCGCUCCCCUCCUCCCUCACUCCCUCGUCUCUCCCUCUCCCCCCGAAUCCUCGACACCCAAAGCCCAAACCCUAGCACGGGCAGCGGAGCUGCGUCGGGCGAAUGGACCUGCAGCUGCAUGUCUUCUACAGGGCGCUCGGGCUCUCGUUCGUCGGCGGCCUCAGCACCGCCAUCGGUGCACUGUUUGUCGUUUUGAAUCCUGCCCCUAACCUUAAAGUGCUCGGGCUUCUACAGGGUUUUGCUGCUGGACUUAUGCUCAGCAUCUCCUUUCUAGACCUGGCACACAAUGCCCUGAAUUCUAUUGGCUUCUUGAAGGGGAACCUCUGGUUUUUUGCAGGGGUUCUUUUCUUCGGUUUCAUUAUUAAGUUUAUCCCAGAGCCAGAUUUUUCGCCACCAGCUGAUCCAAGCGAGAAAGAGCAGGCUGAUGAUGGUGUAUCAGGUAAAGAUAUGAUGAGAAAACAUCGCCGGCAAGUGCUAUUCAGUGGUAUUAUCACUGCUGUUGGAAUUAGCUUGCAUAAUCUUCCAGAGGGAAUGGCUGUAUUUCUUGGAUCUGUCAAGGGUCUUCAUGUGGGCCUGAACUUGGCUGUUGCUAUUGCCUUACAUAACAUACCAGAGGGGGUUGCUGUAGCUCUUCCAAUCUAUUUUGCUACCAAAAGCAAAAAAAAGGCAUUUUAUACGGCAGCAUUCUCUGGUUUGGCUGAACCACUAGGAGUGGUUGCUGUAGCUUUGUUGUUUCCAAGCAGUUUGAAUCCUGACAUUCUUGAAGGCCUACUUGGAUCUGUGGGUGGUGUCAUGGCUUUCCUCACUUUGCAUGAAAUGCUGCCUCUUGCAUUUGACUAUUGUGGCCAGAAGCAAGCUGUCAAAGCUGUCUUUGUGGGCAUGGCCUGCAUGUCUGCAAGCUUGUACUUCUUGGAAGUCAGCUUACCAAAGGAGAUAAGCUUGUAGCAUCGCGCUGCAGGUACUGGGAGGCCAUAGCCUGUCAGUAGAUCCUGAAUUCUAGGAGGAGGAACAGCACAAUAAAACCAUGAACAGUGACUACUGGUGUGCCGCCAUUGAUAUUGUCCAUCUUACCGUGAAAGGAGGGAGAAACUGCAUUUCCCCAGAAUGUAUUCCCCAGAUUCCUCGUGGGACCAUAUGAAAGAAUUGAAAAAUGUACUGUAGUACUCUGUCGUCCGGCAAUGGAAGCUUCGAAGUCGUCAACUAAACUAUUUCUAGCACUCUCGUCGGUUGACAAUGGAAGAUUCUAUGUAAAAACCCAUCAGAUAGAUGUUAACCUUUAAUCUUUAAUUUCUUAAAAGUACAUUGAAAUAAGAUACUUUGCUUUCAAACA